AGCGCAGAAGAGGAGAGUGGGACAGGACGGGGGCAGGGAAGGAAAAAAAAAAGAGGGAAGGGGAGGAGAAGGGAAGAGAAGAGAAAGGAGGAGAGGGAGAGGGGGAGGGGCCGCAGCUAGCGGUUAUUCAGGGCGGGCAGUUCAAAUCCAAGAGAGGGAAAGCAGUGGCGGCCCCACGCUACCUGGGAUUGGGGGUUGCCAUAGCCAGAGCAUCCCUGGGGCGGAAGCGGGUGGCUCUGCCCCUUCCACACCCUUCCCCACCACUCCCUUCUCCCCGCCCCCUUCUCCCUUUCCCUCUUGCCUCCCUCCCAAGCUCAGCAGCUUCAGCUGCUGCCAUUCAUCCAUCCCAGAGGAGGCAGGAGGAGUCUGCUCUGGGCUUUGUAGUCUCUAGCUGGACGGGGGCGGGGGACCCCAGGCUGCUGGGGCUGCUGCAGGGGAGCAGAAUCCCUGGGAGUCCCCCUCCCCGCCCCCAGUUUGUUUUCCAGGUGCUGGAAAAGAGUGAGAUGCGUUGAAGUUACCUGCUGCCUCCUGCCUCCUCUUUUCUCCCUCCACUGCAGGUGAAGAAACUGAUGCCCCAACAACGGAAGUGAUUUGCCCAAGAUCAUACAGGUAAAAUCAGGAUUCUGAAGAUGUCAGACAGUCCCUCUGUCAAAGCUAGUGUCACUUUAAGAAACGGGGUGGAAUCUCCUAAUGUCAGUUUCAAGUCCUCCAGCUUCUGCAGCUUGUCAUCCACAUCUUCGUUUCAAGAUAGCGGCUACAGUGACUCUCUGAAGGCUUCCAGCUUUGACUACAGUGAUGUGGAAAACAUAGGAAAAAAUAUGAAAGGCUUAUCAUCCACACAGGAAUACUCUGAAAAUUCUAGUCUGGGUUUCACCUGUUCUGUGGACUCUCCCACUGAAAAUAAGAAUUCUAGCUCUUUUUUUAGGAAAGAGGUGAAUGAAGUCACAGAGCUCUGUGAAACUCCAAAAGUAACUAGGAAGAAAACAUUUUUCCGUAGAAGAUUGAAUAUAACAAAUAUUAUUUCAAGAGAGGACACAGAACACUUUGAUAAGCAAAACUGUUCUUUAGGAAGCUGUGCAAAAGCACUGCCCAUGAGCCAGCUCCUCAGUUUUGAAGAAAGAGUUUCAAAAAGGGCUUUGGGGUCCCCAAGACAAACCAUUUUUGUUCCUGUAGCCACUAGUACUUUGAAAGCAGACGAAGCCACUUCCAAUGGUCAAAAAUUGAGACUCUCUUUUUCUCAGCAUAAAACAUCCACAAUUGAUGAUUCCAAAAGUGAUCGUAGCCUAUUUGAAGUCGAGUGUAUCUCUCCAAUUCAGGGAAACAGCUGUACAGAUGCUCUCACCAAUGAUUUUGGGGAUAGCAUUUUAAGUAUUAAUGGAGAGACUACAGGCCCUGAGCUGCUGGGAUCAUCUUCUUGUGAAGCACUCUGUGAGACAAAGGAGGACGUAUUUGUAACUCCAAUCAGUAACCUGGUAGCAAACAUUAAGUUUUGUGGUUAUAGCCCAGCUGAGGGGAUAGAUAAUAUUUCCACACCUGAAGACAGUGGUUUUAAUUCACUGGGUCUGGAUAAGUCACAAGAUUCCUUUUCCGACCAUGAGGGUUCUUUUCAAGAACUAUUUCAGAAACCCCUGGGGACUGAGAGGACUUUGGGCACAAAGAGAAAGCCAAAAAAUGUAGGAAGAGUGAGAAGACUGUCCACGCUUCGGGAACGCAGUUCACAGUCUGAAACUGAAGAAGAUAAGCCUUUUGUGAAUUCUGGCUUUAAAGCAAAAAUAGCAGCAGCUUCUGGCGUUUCUCCAAGUGAACAGAUUGAUAAUAAUAGUGGAGAUUCGAUUUUAGGUCUUAAGGAUUUAUCAAAGACACCUGCUUUACAACUGGUCCAUGAGAUCAUCAUGAAAAGCAAAAGGAAAAGAUUUCAGCAAACUGGUGUAAGAAGCCGUCUAAAGAAUGUUGAGGGGGGAGAAGUAUCCUUAUUGGAAUAUGUGAUUGCAGGGCUUAUUGGCAAGAAGAUGGGCCUGGAAAAACUGGACAUCUUAACAGAAUUAAAAUUUAGAAACUUAAAACAUAUUCUUGCUAUAGUAUUAGAUGCCUUGACAGUGGAAAAUCUAUGCAGUGUUUGGAGAGUAAGCAAAAAUUGGCGUGAAAUUGUUGUACAAGAUAAAAAAGCAAAUCAAAGGAGGAAAGAUUAUAUACAAGAACUGAAGGCAGAUUCCAGGGGGAGUAUAUUAUGUGUCGAGGAUGCUGCAACAAGGCUCAGUCUUUUAAAUCGAUCAGCUCUGAGAUCUGUGCAAGCCCAAGCUAGGACACCUGGUUCUCAGAAAGAAGAGGUUUCAACACCAUCUCCUUGGGGGCAAGUUUUAACGCCCAAAGAAUGCUGCUCUGUUACUCAGUUACCUAGCAAACAGGAAGAAUAUGUUAAGGUUGCCAAAACACUUUUUAUUGAUGAAGCAUUAAAACCUUGUCCAAGGUGCCAGUCCCCUGCUAAGUAUCAGCCAGUUAAGAAACGGGGACUGUGCAGUCGAGAAGCCUGUGGUUUUGACUUUUGUGUGUUAUGUCUGUGUACAUACCAUGGGGCAGAAGAAUGUAGUAGUAGAUCUGCAAAGCCACGAAAUAGAAGAGAUGCUCUUCCAGGAAGUGCUCAGAGCAAGCGCAACUUAAGAAGACUUUAAAAGAAAUACUCUUCCCUCCCCCUUGGCCCCCCCACCACUGCCCCUAUUUUGGUAUCUGUUGCUUUGUCUAAUUUUUAAUUAUGAACUUUUUGAAAGUACCCAGAUCUUCCUGCUAAUGACAGUUGAUGAUUUC